ACAUUCAGAGAACUGCAGCCUGAAUAACCGUCUUGUUUGACCAGCACUCAGAGACCUGUCUACAGUGUUCAGAACUAGUAGGAUUCUUCUGAUUGGAGACCUUAAGAAGAUGAGUGUUCAUACCCCACCCACACUCCAGAAGCUGGCAAUUCAGACUCUGGUGAGAGAGGAGGCUCUAGGCAUGUCUGAACUGGAGGAGAUGGCCCAUGGACUCUUCCCAGCACUUUUCAAGGAGGCCUUUGAUGGCAGACAUAUCAAGCUCAUAAAGGCAUUGGUGAUAGCCUGGCCUUUCCACUGUCUCCCUGUGGGGGCAUUGAUGAGGACUACUGACCUGGAAACAUUGCAGGCUGUGCUAGAUGGAGUAGACAUUCGUCGAACCAUAGGGUUUCACCCCAGGAGGAAAAAACUACAGUUUCUCGACCUGAGGAAUGUGCACCAUAGCUUCUGGAACAUAUGGACUGAUUCAGAGGACAGUGACUAUUCAGCAGAGAUCUUGGAUGAAAAGAAAGCCCUGCAGGUCCGUCCCAGAUAUGGACUGAGGCAGCGUCUGAAGGUCACAGUUGACCUGUGCAUCAGGUCCUGCCUUGAUGAAGCACAAACAUGGUUCUUGAAGUGGGCCCAGGAGAGAAAGGGCUCCCUAUAUUUCUGCUGUACAAAGAUGAAAAUCUGGACUCUGCCAGAAAGAGCUCUCAGACAGAUCUUCCAUGUUUUUGAUCCAGAGCAUAUCAUGGAGUUAGAACUAAAUACUGAAUGGACUCUGAUAGAGUUGACACAUUUUGCCCCCUAUUUCGGGCAGAUGAGAAAUCUUCGCAAAGUCUUCCUGGCACCCCUCCACAAAAUCGACUUCCAUUUACCCAAUAGAACCAGAGUCACUGAAGUCAAGUGUAUCAACAAGUUUGCUUCUCAGUUCUCCAAAUUCAACUGUCUGCAGCAUCUUUUCAUGUUCUGCGUCCAUUUUCUCAGAUCCCAGAUGAAUCAGGUCCUAGGGUGCUUGAUGACACCCUUGAAGACCCUCUCCAUUACUUACUCCCUGAUUUCACAGAGAGAUUUGGAUUCCUUUGCCUGCUGUCAGAGCCUCUUUCAGCUAAAACAUCUGGAAUUGAGAGGUGUGGUCUUACUGGAUUUGGAUCUUAUGCCUCUGAGAGGUCUCCUCAUGAAAGUGGCAGGCACUCUUGAGACUCUGGAUUUGCAGUGGUGUAGGAUGAAAGACUCCCAGCUCAAUGUUCUCCUACCUGUAUUCAAACAAUGCUCUCAGAUCUCCAAUAUCAACUUCUACAACAAUGAAUUCUCCAUGCCCUUCCUGAAGGACCUUUUGCAGCACACAGCCAACUGGAGCAAGAUGAAUGUGGAACAAUAUCCUGCCCCUCUGGAGUGCUAUGAUGAAUUUGCUCAAGUCACUGUAGAAGGAUUUGCCCAACUUUGUCAGGAUCUCAUGGAUACACUGAGGGCAAUAAGGCAGCCCAAGAACAGCUCCUUUGCUACAGAUAUCUGCCACACAUGUGGGGAGCGCUGGGUCUUUGACCAGGUGGCUAAACUUUGUAGUUGCUGGCAUUAAAAUGGGAAAGUUCUGGAUUUGAAUAAACAAUGGGCAUGGGACACAUGUCUUACCUGGGGAACUCAGAACCUGUGGCUUCUUUCUGACAUGCUCAGAUGGUUGGAAACAAAAGGAUGUUCAAUGACUGAUAUUUUUGCAACUGCUCUUGACAUGGGGAGCAGUUGGACGGACUGUGGGAACAGGGGCCUAGUGGAGUCAGAAACACAGCUUGGCAUUGUCACAUGGCUUCUCCCCAGACAGACUAACUAGAUGCUUAGUUGUACACUUAUAAACCUGGAUGUUCUCUCUGUGUGGUCUUUGACUGUUACCAACCUCACUACCAGGUUCAGGGUCAGGAAGGUUCAAUAGGUGGAUAAAUGGAAAGACACUGGUAUUUUAUGAGUGAAGCAAAAGUCUUGGUGAAAUUAACAUGUUACAUUAAAAUGUAAGUUUUCUUGACACUUC